CUUCUCUCUCUCGCUCUCACCCUCGCCCUCUCCUCCUCUCGCCUUCUCCCUCGCUGUCCCCCUCCCUCAUUCUUCUCGUGGGCUUGAAGCGAUUGUAGCUCCUCGAAUACGCGACGGGAAGCGAGACAGCCAUCGCUGUGGCGAAGGAUGAGCUAGCUCAUUUAGGCGCGCCCACCGACGUUGUCGUCGUCUUCCGGCCCUACCGCUUCCCUCCUAAUGCUCUGCUACCCACCUAAGCAAUCAGGCGCCGACCCCUUUGCUUACAUUAGGCACUUUCUCGCAGCUACAUAGGCAUUCAACCCGCAGUUUCCGCCUGCUCGAGACUCUCAAACUCAAUAUCACGAGGUGUUGAUAAGAGGCAAGCACCUACGCAGGCACAGACAAGCUUUUCCCACCGUCGGCCGCCCAUCGGCCAACUCAACCUCGGACAUGUCUGUCUUCAAAAUGGCGCCCCCGCCUCAGAGCCCGCUGGCUCGCUACCGCCUCUUAUCGCCGACGGCCUCGGUGCGCGUGAGUCCGCUGUGUCUCGGUGCGAUGAACUUCGGAGAGGCUUGGAAGGAGUAUAUGGGCUCCUGUGACCAGAAGACCACCGAGUCCAUCCUCGACUUCUUCUACCAGCAGGGCGGCAACUUCAUCGACACCGCCAACAACUACCAGGCCGAGGAGUCCGAGAUCUGGAUCGGCGAGUGGAUGAAGAAGCGCGGCGUGCGCGACCAGAUGGUCAUCGCUACCAAAUACACUACCAACUUCCGCCCUGACAAGGGCGGGAUCAUGAUAAAUAACCAGGGUAACGGAACCAAGAGCUUGCGUAUAUCCGUCGAGGCUAGUCUGAGAAAGCUGCAGACUGAUUACAUUGACCUGCUCUACGUUCACUGGUGGGAUUCCAGUGCCUCCAUUCCCGAGCUGAUGCAGUCGCUAAACCGGCUGGUGGACUCUGGCAAGGUGCUAUACCUUGGUAUCAGCGACACGCCAGCGUGGGUGGUGAGUAAGGCCAACGAGUAUGCGCGCAACCAUGGCCUCCGCCAGUUCAGCGUAUACCAGGGCAAGUGGUCGGCCGCUACACGCGAUGUCGAGCGGGAUAUCCUCCCCAUGAUCAGAGUUGAAGGUAUGAGCAUGGCGCCGUGGGGCGCGCUGGGGGGCGGUAAGUUCAAGACGGAGGAGCAGCGCAAGAACCGCGAGAGCGGGCGUUCGGCCAAUGCUACCGAGGCCGAUAUCAAGGUCAGCAAGGCCCUUGAAGCGAUUGCCAAACGCAAGAACACCAUCAUUACUAGUGUGGCUCAGGCGUAUGUCAUGCACAAGGCGCCGUACGUCUUCCCGAUCGUCGGCGGGCGGACCAAGGAGCAUCUAAAGGCGAACAUCGAGGCACUGUCGCUGAGCCUCUCGGAGGAGGACAUCAAGGAGAUCGAAGGCGCCGCCCCUUUCGAUCUCGGCUUCCCGAACUCUUUCCUCUACGCCGGCGGCUUUCCAGACAACGCAGCCAACGUCUGGAUACUAGGCACGGGCGGUACGAUGGACUAUGUGGAGGAGCAGAAGCCGAUCGCGCCGGCGAAGGCGGGGGAAUAGAGGACUCGCGCCGUGACCGACUCGUGGCAGUGGCUCCGUCGACACUACCCGUACUGAGCGGAGCAGUGCUGUUGCAGCAGCCCUAUCUAACUGUCAAGCGGCCGAAGCGCUGUUGCUUACCCGGUCUUCUGCCUCGCUAGCUAGCUCGAAGCUGUGGUUGUCGGGAUACUGAUUGCAGGAGUGAGGACGCCAAGAAUAUGUAUCAACUACGGAAAAGGAUAGGAGGACGCGGAAGGUGGGAGAAGAGAAUGUUACGCUUCGAGUGUGUAGAAAAGUAAUGUCGUUAGAGGAGCGAUAGACAGCUGGCCGAAACCUGUGCGAUGGUAAUUCCGGGAUAUGAAUCGGGGCAAGGUACCUGCCUACAGGUAGGUACCGAAUAUAAAAGGUACCUACCUAACCUAACCUCGGUGAUCCUCUUCAUGCAUUCAGAAAGGCAAAUGCGGGAGCAUGCAGAUAAAGUGGUGGUUGCUAUGCUGGGUGCAUACCUGCCCCGGUAAGUACUUACGAUAGAUAGAAAGUACCUCUAGGUAGAAAAGCAAGCAGC